AUGACCGAAAACUUAAAGAUCGCAAAAGAUGCCAUCAUUACAGGACAUGGAUCAACAGCUGCUGGAAGUGUUGGAACCGUUGCAUCUGAAAUCGAAGAAGUUCUAGAAAAAGAUUCGAGUGUUACAGGAUCAAGUGUUUAUCGUACAAAUGAAGUUAUGACUGAAGUUAUAACUGAAGCUAGAACUGAAGUUAUAGAAGAUACACAACGACGAGAAAAACGUAAACCAUCUUAUUUGCGUGGAACAAAAGAUGUUGUUAUGGGAUCAAUUAAGCAAGGUUUUGGUAAGGUUUUUGGCAAUGAUGAAAUGGAAGGAACCGGUAAAAAUCAAAAAGAUUCCGGUAAAGAAGAAGUUC